AUGGGUGGUGAAACUGUACCAAAGACUGAGCUGAAGAGCUCAUAUCCUGUCAGGUCUGAGGGACCCAAGGGUAAAUUGAUAUCUAAUCUUUACAAAGAUCGAAUUGGCCAAUUCUAUGGCGGUGGACAAUAUGAAGGGAAGAACUUACGAGCAAUGAUGGAUGAAGGGAUCGUAUCCGGAGAACCACAUAUCAAACUUUCGGUCUGGGACGCUCCGGAUCUUUCUCGACCUACUUUCAAAGAUGCCACAAGCCACGACUUUAGAUCGACACAUAUUGGUGAAUCUUUUGGUCCUUCAUGGUCAACCCAUUGGUUCAAACUACGAAUAACUGUACCUUCGGAGUUUCAGAAGAAGGACCUAUUGGAGUUACAUUGGGAUGCGAAUAAUGAGGGUAUGGUUUGGACCGAGGACGGCAAUCCUAUUCAGGGAUUGACCGGAGGUGGUGAAAGAGUCGAGUGGAUCUUGCCAGACAAGUUCCGGAAUGGAAAGGAACAUACCAUCUACAUUGAGAUGGCCUGCAAUGGGAUGUUUGGUAAUGCCCCCGGUGGAGAUUCCAUUCAACCUCCGAACCCGAAUAAAUAUUUCCAGUUGUCUAAAGCUGAGAUUGUUGCUGUGAACGUGGAAGCUCGAGCUUUGUGGAUUGAUAUCUGGGAAAUUGGGGAUGCUGCUAAAGAAUUCCCAUCGGAUUCAUGGGAACAACAUAAAGCAUUGCGGGUCGCAAAUCAAAUAAUUGAUGCUUUCGAACUGGGAAACCAAGACUCGAUUCUAAAAGGUCGAAAGAUUGCUCAAGAAUAUCUUGGAGAAAACGUCAACACUUCCAAGGUCUAUGAGACUGGUACAAAGCCUCUUGUUUAUGGUAUCGGACACUGCCAUAUUGAUACCUGUUGGCUUUGGCCAUGGGCCGAGACCAAAAGAAAGGUUGCUAGGUCUUGGUCGAAUCAAUGUGAUCUUAUGGAUCGCUACCCCGAGCAUCGGUUUGCUGUUUCACAAGCUCAACAAUAUAAAUGGUUGAAAGAACAUUAUCCCUAUGUAUUCGACCGGGUCAAGGAAAAGGUUAAACAAGGAAAAUUCCAGCCUGUUGGAGGCAGCUGGGUCGAGCACGAUACCAACUUACCCAGUGGGGAGUCCCUUGUACGCCAAUUCUUAUAUGGGCAAAGGUUCUUCGAGAGCAAUUUUGGGGAGAGAUGCAAGACAUUUUGGUUACCGGAUACAUUCGGUUACUCCAGUCAACUUCCUCAGUUGUGUCGUCUUGCGGGGAUGAAACGGUUCUUCACUCAGAAGCUUAGCUGGAAUAACAUCAACAACUUUCCACAUACCACAUUCAACUGGGUAUCUCUUGAUGGAAGUCAAGUCAUUUGCCAUAUGGCGCCUUCUGAGACAUACACUGCGAAUGCCGAUUUUGGCGACGUUAGAAGAUCAGUAACCCAGCACAAGUCUAUGGAUCAAGACGAGACUUCACUUCUUGUUUUUGGAAAAGGUGAUGGUGGCGGAGGUCCAACUUGGCAGAUGAUUGAGAAGCUCAGACGUCUUCGUGGAAUGAGUGAUACUGUUGGGCUUCUGCCGAGAGUUCAUAUGGGUGACUCUGUCGACGAUUUCUUUGAUCGUCUGGAGAAGAAGGCUUCCGAGGGUUUAGAUCUGGUGACAUGGUAUGGCGAAUUGUACUUUGAGCUUCACCGUGGAACCUACACGACACAAGCGAAUAAUAAGCGCAACAAUAGAAAUUCGGAGAUUAUGCUACACAACAUUGAACUCCUUUCAACAAUUGCAAGUCUUAAAAGUAAGGACUUUAAGUAUCCUAAAGAGGAUAUUGAUGACAUGUGGGAGGCCGUUUUGUUGUGUCAGUUUCACGACUGCUUGCCCGGAUCAUCCAUUGAAAUGUGUUACGAUGACAGUGAUGAGCUGUAUGCAAAGGUAUUCAAGACUGGCGAGAAGAUCUUGAAGGAGCUUUACAAGACUCUAGGUGUGAAGCAAGCCGGAAACUCUUUUGAGGAAGGCAACCUUGUAGCCCUGAACACCAUGCCAUGGCACAGGAGAGAAAUCGUUCCUCUCGGUAAUAAUUCUGCCGGAGUUGCUUGUGGUCAAGGUAAUCUAUUGAACAUAAAGACUUUCAAGAUCACCGAGACACCAGAAGUUACAGUCAAAGAGGUCAAGAGAGGUGUUUUCGUGCUACAAAAUGAACAACUCAAAGUUCAAGUCGAAGGUGGCGUCAUCACAUCUCUAUAUGACCUACAAGCGGGGAGAGAAGUCGUGGCCAAAGGAGGUAAAGCCAAUCAGCUCGUUAUCUUCGAUGAUAAACCACUUUACUGGCAAGCUUGGGACGUGGAGGUCUUCCACUUGGAAUCUCGCAAGGAGUUGCAUCCAGGAAAUACCAAGAUUGUGCAGAGCGAUGCCCAUAGAGUCAGUGUCGUCACCGAGACUAAGAUCAGCAAAGAUAGCUGGGUAAAAACUCAUAUUAGUCUAUCAGCUGCAUUCAAAGGUCAACAGUCGUAUGUUGAGAUGGAAUGCGAGGUUGAAUGGAGAGAAAGUAUGAAAUUCCUAAAAGUCGAAUUUCCCGUCGAUAUUCGAAAUACCGAAGCAUCUUACGAGACACAAUUCGGUAUCGUGAAAAGACCUACCCAUUACAACACUACCUGGGAUAUGGCUAAAUUCGAAGUAUGUUGUCACAAAUUCGCAGAUCUCUCGGAGAAUGGAUAUGGUGUUUCAAUUCUGAACGAUAGCAAAUAUGGUUUUGCAACUUGUGGUAACGUGAUGCGCUUGUCACUUCUUCGUGCCCCGAAAGCUCCAGAUGCACAUGCAGACAUGGGUCGUCACCAUAUUCGCUGGGCUAUUCUACCUCAUCAAAGAGCUCUCAGCUCAACUACUGUUCGCACGGCUUUUAACUUCAACAACCCCUUGAAGGUUUGCUAUGCUUCCGAAGAUAUUCAGGCCAGCGCAUUUGAGAGCCCAAUCAAACUUACGGGAGAUCCAUCGUUGAUUCUAGAUACCAUUAAGCGAGGUGAAGACGACGAGGAUGUAAGUCGUGGCGAAUUCAGCAAGAGAAAGGGACAAAGUGUUAUUUUGAGAAUCUAUGAUAGUUUGGGUGGGACUAGUACGGGUACGAUUGAAACUACGCUGGAUGUGAAGAAGGUCUGGAAGACGAAUGUUUUGGAGGAUGAUGGUGAGGAACUUGAGAUUGAGGGAGGAAAAUUCGAUAUUACUUUGAAGCCGUUUGAAGUUGCCACGUUUAGAUUGCAGUUGUAG